AUAAAGCUCCAAUCAUUCAUCCACAAUUCAAUUCACACCAAAAAGCAAACACAAUUAUCCGCUAAAACAAUUUUGCAUCACCAUCAUCAUGAGAAAAGCCAACAAAGAAACAGGAUGAGCCACAACCCAUCAAAUACGGCGACGUUUCAAGGUCUCAAGCAAGCUCGCCUGAAAACCCAUCGCCCCAGCCGACGCCUCCAUGAUGCAGGCAGCGGAGACCACCAUGAAGGCGUGACAGUUUCCGAAACCGAUUUCUCUGGGACUCGCAUAGUCACUGAAUCUGUUGCCGGACAGAAGGCAAAGGUAACCAUAGGAGAAGCCUUAGAGGCAGCCGCCCGAGUAGGCGGAGAUAAGCCGAUUUCUCCUGGCGGGCUUGCUGCCACUGCCCAGUCGGCUGCUGCCUUCAACACCGGUUUGAUUGGGGACCAAGGCAAAGUGAAGCUUGCCGAGAUCUUAUCAGGUAUUACGGCUGCAGUGUUGAGGAAUGAUCCGAAUGUGGUGGUGCGGCGUGGCGGCAGAAGUGAUGGAGGCGGUGAAGAUGAACGAGGAGAAGGGUUCGGCGGUCAAUUGCAAGGUGUUGUAAAAUAA